AUGGCCCGGGAGAACGGAGACACCGGCGGCGGCGAGACGUGGAAGAAACAGGUCGAUGACAUCAAGAAGAGCUUCGACUUUAAAGAAGUCCUCGGAACAGGGGCGUUUUCAGAGGUGGUCCUGGCCCAGGAGAAGCUGACCGGCCGCAUGUUCGCCGUCAAAUGCAUCCCCAAGAAGGCGCUGAAGGGGAAGGAGAGCAGCAUCGAGAACGAGAUUGCCGUGCUGAGAAGAAUCAAGCAUGAAAACAUCGUUGCGCUGGAGGACAUCUAUGAGAGUCCGGACCACCUCUACCUGAUCAUGCAGCUGGUGUCGGGGGGAGAGCUGUUUGACCGAAUCGUGGAAAAAGGAUUUUACACAGAGAAGGAUGCGAGCACGCUGAUCCGACAAGUCCUGGAUGCCGUGAACUACCUCCACAAGAUGGGGAUCGUGCACCGGGACCUGAAGCCAGAGAACUUGUUGUAUUUUAAUCCACAAGACGAAUCUAAGAUCAUGAUAAGUGACUUUGGUCUGUCAAAGAUGGAGGGCAGUGGCGACGUCAUGUCCACAGCCUGUGGGACGCCAGGAUACGUGGCUCCAGAGGUUCUUGCUCAGAAGCCGUACAGCAAGGCGGUGGACUGCUGGUCCAUCGGAGUGAUCGCCUACAUCCUGCUGUGUGGUUAUCCUCCGUUUUAUGACGAAAACGACUCAAAGCUGUUUGAGCAGAUCCUUAAGGCCGACUACGAGUUCGACGCCCCGUAUUGGGAUGACAUCUCAGACUCUGCCAAGGACUUCAUCAGCUGUCUGAUGGAGAAAGAUCCGGCCAAGAGGUUCACCUGUGAACAGGCCCUCAGACAUCCCUGGAUUGCUGGGGACACAGCACUCUGCAAGAACAUCCAUGAGUCAGUCAGCCGGCAGAUCAGGAAGAACUUUGCCAAGAGCAAAUGGAGGCAAGCGUUCAACGCCACCGCCGUGGUGCGCCAUAUGAGGCGGCUACAACUUGGCAGCAGUAUGGACGCCUCCAAGCCCAGGCCGAGCCAGACGCAGAGGCUGGCCCAAAGCCAGAGCCAAGCGGGCCAGAACCAAACCGCUCAGAGCCAAAACAGCGGCCAGGCGGCGCCGAGCCUGGCCGCCAACAGCAACGCCAGCAAGAACUCCUCCAUAGAUAACAACGUAGCCGCUCCACGCAAAGAAUGUCUCCCGGCGCCCGUCACCCCUUGCAGCCUGGCAUCUGCCGCCUCUUCCCCGGCCGCCGGAACGGAGCUGAGCCGGCCCCACCCGUCGGCGGUGCCUGCCCCGAUGAUGACGGAGACCAAGUGACGGCAGGUCCCGCGGGGCACCAGCUGGGAGGCCACGGCGCUGUGAGAACGAGAGUCUAAGGUUCCAACAACAACGUAGAAAAGGAAACGUGAACGGGACGAGCAAAGAAGAGCGCGGCCGUACUCUUCACCGUCCUUCCCGCUCUUGGAUGCGUUCUCUUGGAUGUGCCGCCCAACUGGUUCCCCGCCCUGCUCCAACGAGAGCAGAGGACUCCAUUACCCACAAAACCCUUACGACGAUUGACGCCGCCAUCGCCAUACGUUACGGCCGCCAGGAUAGCUUGCAGGAUUCUUCUCGUAGCAUCAAAGCAUCCACUGACUCACAGAGCAAGUCUGCAUGGUCGGCUGCUCUGUGCUUACGCAGCAACUUAUGGAAUCUGAGCUGUCCUGUUUCGGUUUAUUCCGAUUUUUUUUUCUUUUCUUUUCAGUUUUUGACUGUUGGCAACUGGAUUGUUUGGUUCUUCUUUCUUCCUGUUCAUUUUGAAGGCGGCAUGUGUAACUUUCAGAGCGUCGCCACUUUGGUGUGAUUACUGUAAAUAAGCCAUAGCUGAGAUCACCGACGAGGAGUCAGCCCCUUCACUGCUGUUGUUCUGUAGGCAUUCCUCUCGAUGACGCCCCGUUUCCCAUAAUUCCGCUGUCUCAUAUCACCUUCACCGCAUUCUGUGUUUUGAAUAUCGCUCCAAAACACAGUCUUCUGUGCAGCGAGCCCUCUGGGUUUGCACAGACUCCACCGAUGCUGAUACGAUUGGGUGAAAGUCUCAUGAAAGCUCCUCAGCCGCUUGUUUUCAACGUUCCUGCUUGCAGAAGUGCUUUAAAAGAACCACGUGACUGUUUGGAGAAGUGGAGACAUGCGCUUUAUCUUUUUUGCACAGGGAAAGGUCAGACAUGUUGUCUCUGGCCAAUUAGCUGCCACGCACACAGAUUUAUCAGACGGAAGAAGAAGAGAAAAAAAAAGAUUGUAAACCUAGAAACAAAAACGGAUGUCUUGCAAUGGUUAAUUGUGUGAAGUUAUUGAAUUCGUUGGAUGACUUAAUUUUUUUUUUGUCUUUUUGUAACAAUCACCCUUUAAGGGAGACGCACACAGAAGAAGCUGCGGACCGCAGAGAAUGACGAAUCUAUUUUGACCUGAGAACUGCUGAAUGAGUAGGAGAGCCGCCAGCAGUGCAAGGAUGUAUUCACACCCUUUGAGCUUUUUAGUCACAUUACAACAUGUCAUGAUGCUGCCACCACCGUAUUUCACCUGUCAUUAUCUCAUGUUAGUGGGGGUUCCCAGACGUUUCUCUGACCUGCCUCCCCAGAUCCCUGACCGGCCCGUCAGCCCCCUAACAAGCCAACCAGCAGUGCUACUACCAAUAAAGUUUAUUUCACUAAUCAAUAAUUAUUACAUAAAUGCUAACCUCAUACAUUCUGAUUUUUCUUGUCAAAACAUUCAUUCUGCACUCACUAUGUUAGGUUUAGGGGCAAAAUUUAUAGCUUGAUCAAUUUGAGUGGCAGCCAAAUAAGAGCUAAAUAAAUUACUUUAACCUAUAUUUUAUUGUAAUGAUUAAAAAAAGGAGUGGAUUUUUUGAUUUUUAAAAAAUGAUUAAAAAAUUUUUUUCUGCCCUUUUCAUCUUCCCUCCAUGGUUCUGAGGCCCCCUAGUGGCCUCGGAAAAUAUACGUCGAACUUUGUGCUGUUAAUUUGGUAAAGCAUGCAAAAGUUCAAGGGAUGUGAAUACUGUUUCUUUUUUUUAAGUCUGGGGUGCAGGAUGGGUGGGUGACCGUCAGGACGCCGUCCGCCCUGCUGUUUGUUCCCCUCUCUGACGAAGCCAUGAUCUCACCUGCCGGUUCUUCAAGCUGUCCUCAGGGAAACCUGCAGCUGCACUGUGAGCUGGCUAUCUCCAGCUUCCUGUUGGCUUUUUUUUUCUUUUCCCCCUCUUUUGUUCACAGGAAGCGUUCUGGGCGUGGCUGCGGUUCACGAUCCGAUGUUAGAGAUCGGAGCUCGGCUCUCAUCCCGUCGCAUUAAAGACGUGUGACAUGAACUUUGAGGAUAAAGACAAAACUGGUCCUUUCUGUUGCAGACUUCUUGAAACUUACCUGAUUAGAUAUAAGCUGAGUUUUGUUCUUUGUUUUUUUUUAUAUUAGCUUUAUGGAUUUGCUAGCUGAGCUUCUUUCCUGUAAGUUUUUUGUGUUUAAUCGUCGUUUUCUCCAUUUUUUCUUCUUCUUGUUUUAAGUAGCCUGAUUUAAACAAGCCAACUGAUAAUAUUCUUUGUUUAUUAUUAUUAUCAUUUUUUUAAAGACAUCAUUUAAAACCAGAACUGUUCACUGCCAGGUGCUCCCUCUCACACACAUAUCAGAUUGUCAAGUUCUUGUUAAAUGCAAUUUUUUUUUCUUAUCCCUUUAUUGUGAAAUGUAGCCAAAGACUUGUUGGUUUUUUUUUUUUUUUUUUUUUUGACUAAAUUGAUUCAUGUUGAAGCGGUUAAAACAGAGUUGAAGCAUUUCGGAACACAAGCUAAAACUAAAGGGCUGAUCUCCAUCUGCAAACUAAUGUAGAAACCUGCGGAGCUUUGAUCCUUUCUCUGGCCGUGCGUCUUUAUUAUCUUCAGUCUUGCUGCUAAAAGAAGAGGGCGUCUCGGUGAAGGCUGGCGAUGUUAGCACAUCUGGAUCUGAGGGGUUGGCAGUAAACCAAAACCCAAUUUGCCACAUCGUUUGGUGCGUUAGGAAUCACCUGAGGUUGACUUAAAGGGACCGCAACGAGACAUCUCUCAGUCUGGACACCGGUCGCAGAAAUGCAGUUUUUUUUUUAUUAUUUGCGGCGUGGUUUGAUCUAUUUCUGUUUCCUUGCUUUGCUGAAGUGUUCUUUAUUUUUUUCUGUCAGUGCUAAAACUCUAUUAUUGGUCACUUCGACUGUAGCUUCACAGGGAGUGUUGGCUGGUGGGAUGCAUGUUGGUGAAGAAUCGCUGGGUUUCCAUAGCAGGAAACGGUUUGACGGCCUGCAGGAUUUCAGUGGUUAUUUUUGCAAAUAUAUACCAAAUCUAAUUUUUCACGAUACAGUUAUGAUUUUUGUUGUUGUUUUUCAGUAACGUUCUGUUAAAGGGUAACACACGACCUUUACGUUGCAAGAUAUUUUAAUAUUUUAACGCGUUUGUUUUUUGAUGAGGUGUUAGCUGGGAAGUAAGAAAAGUUCAAACAUUUAUUAAAUAUUACACACAUGAAUCGCUUUGAGGUUUUUCACAUUGGAGCGUUUUUAAUACCGUCAAAUUGCGCUUUGAUCAUUUCCUAUCUCAGACUAGCUUAUUUGCAUACUGUAUAAAUACCUGAAGAAAGAUAUCUAAUUCAGUUAAAUUAUUAACUGCUUGCCAUAUUUUAACAGAAAAUUGUAAGUUAUGCUUUUGAAAGCUAAGAAUAGUGUAAAAUGAUUCCAGAAGCAUUUUAAUGGCAUUAAAACAUAAUUAUUCUGGUUAUAAUGUCCAUAAAUAAUGUUCUAAAUGUUGAUACUUUAUGUUAAAUUGAUCUGUAAUUUAGAAAAUAUGCCUUCCACUCAAAUGAUUUUAAACAAAAGGCCACCAUAACUCAUUCACUCACACACGUUUAAUUCGCUGCAUCACUUCAACACAAUUAUGCAACAUGCCUCCAAUAAUGUGACAUUUAUGUCUCAAACAGCUGAAUUGCUUCAAGCCGUUUCCAAUGCAACACGUCUCCACUCAGAAAUGAAGGAGGUGAUCAGACAUGGCCGUGUCCGGUGGGUUCUUAAAAAGAAAAUCAAUCUGAAAAAAAUGAUUCCCUUUUUUUUUUUUUUUGCCCCUCAGUGAUAUCUUGUUCCAUUUUUCCAUAGAGAAACCCGAAAAAUCCCUUUGUUGUGUGUUUCCACGUAACCGAGUGGAACUUCUAAGGGCUUUAGUCAAAUGAUCACCUUAAUCUGAUUAAUUGCUGUGACAGUAUAUGUUGCAGUUGAUUGCUAUGCAUUUGUUUGUUUUUUUUUUCUUUGUUUUAAACUGUAAUAUGUUUUCUCUACUUGUUCUUAAAUGCAGGAACAGAAAAUGCAGAGAUUAGCAGCUCUGGUGGGAAGUACAAAACAGAUUCCCCGUUACGUGUUUCACCUUUUCAAACAUUUGCCUUUUAAAAUAAAAUAGAAUAUUAAUUCCUCACCAUUUGCUUCUAAAUAAGGUCGAUUUUGUUUAGAUAAACUGUAACUCCCUGACACGGGGAUGUUAACAAAGCCACCAAUUUAUGGUUUUUGUUCAUCUGACAUUAAACGUGACGUCCAGGAUGUCGACCAUCAGCUAAGAGGCAAACAGAGGAUCAGUUUCAAUGUCUGCUGUGUUUUUUUUUUAAAAACAACAUCUGAAUGAAUCUUUUUUUAUAUAUUAAUCAUGCUACUGUAAAUAGAUUGUGAAUAUAAAUGAUCUUUUUGGAGAUAUUUAUGGACUCUGUGGUUGAAGAGUUUGUGGAUGGAUGAGGGAAGCUGAUUGUAUCGUCUGUGGAAUGUUCAAUGUAAAAACGACAAAAACAAGGAGAGAAAAAAAAAGCUAAAACUCCCCUUUACUUCCCUGUAAGUUUUCAGAAACACCGUCAGCCGAACAGAAAUGGCAUCACUCACAGAACUCAGGCCUCUGAUUUUUUAUUUAUUUUUUUUUAUUUGCCAUUCAUUCUAAAGGAAGAAAUCUAAAGCUGUGAUCGACUCAGAAACACACUGUUAUGGACUGUUUUGAAAACACUCUCCUUUUUAUCUUAUUUAUUUAAAUUUUUUUUUUUUUUUUACUUAAGAUGCCGCAGAAGUGCACCACACACACACACACACACACACACACACACACACACUCAAACAAAACAUAGAAACAUAAGCAUGUUGGGGAGAAACAGUGCUUCAAGAAUUCAAUCUCACAUUGAGUGUUUGCAUUAUCUUAUAUGCCCUUGUUACGGUGUUACUAUCUCUGUAUUGUGUAAAGAUAUACACAGUUUGAUAUGCAUGAGCCUCCGAUAGCAGAGGAAGAGUUUCAGUCCUAUGAUCAGGCAGUGUUCAGGAGUUUUUUACCGACUAACUCAUAAAUAUAUCAAACUAGAGCUUAGUCAAAAAAAGCGACUAAAAAUGGUACACAUUUAUAUUCUCUCUGAUGCCCCUCAAUAAAAUAACCUAAGUAGUUAAACAGGUUUUGCGUCCGCUUCAGCAUUCUGAAUGUUUUUCUGUUGGUCUACGUCAUCAGGCUUCAAUAAUAAACUUGAAGGCUGGUUGUAACAUGUAAAACGUUCAUGACUCAAUCUGAAAGCAGCAGCUUGUCUAGAAUAAGGCCUGGUUUCAUCAGCCUGGUUCUGUCUACAGACUGAUACCAAUCAUCAAUACCAUUGGUAUUGAUGAAGGUACACAGUGCUCUGCCUCAGUAGCUGCGCUUCCGUUGGCCGUAUAGUUGCGCACUUUGAUAUUUCGAAAAAAAAUUCGCGUGAUGGAAAUACACCAAUUUAGACAGCAAAACUGAAAAAGGUUUUUGCUGUAGGAUGAGGUCGUUUUUCAGUGUCAAAAUGGGUGUAUUUCACUGAAACUGCAAUGGAAACUUUUCUUUAGCACAUGAUCAACACAUGAUCAACAAGCGGAUGUCACUGCUGGAGGCAAAGACAAAGAAGACGACAGGAAGUGGCAGGAAGACGAUGGUGUGGCAUGCUUUUUCAUGACUUAUUCACGUGUUAUUUUAUUUGUAACUUAACAUAAAACACCGCAAUUGCAAAAAUUUUCAACAGCGGAAUAUUAACAAAGUUUUGCGCACAUUUUUAAUGGAAACACAGCUACUGAGGGUCCCUCUAGCUGUGUAGUCAUUUUACCUUUUAACACGCACGGUUUCUUCUUUUUCUUUGCUCAGGAAGUGGCUAAAAACAAGCAUUUUUCAGUCAUUCGGCUAGCUUAGCAAGCUAGCAUUGGAAAUUUAGAAAAAUUAGCAUGUGUUAGUGUGUUGCAGUUCACUCCGUAGCAUUAGCAUUCACUUCCAUUUAGCCUUGUUUUUAUAGAAAGAAAUAAAGACUAAGUGUUGACUCACGUGGUUGAACAGAAUUAUAAAUGUGGAAAUGGUGCACCGUUAAUAAUUUUCCCACAUGAAACACCAACUGAGAAGCGAACAUGUAACUUUUCCACUCGGAGCAAACGCCCGGUUCAUAAAACAGCACUGCUGCAUUUUGGAGAUGGUAAUUGUUUUGUCCACUUUUAGGCUAGUUGUUAGCCUAAAACAGCUAACUUAUUCCUGAUAAGGUUUCCACAGAUUUUCACUUUGCAAAUUCCGAAUGAUCCCUUCAACAGUUCCGUUGUCAGUCAGGCGGCAUGCGAUGAAAGCCCUGCUGGCUGUAGGAGCUCUGUCCUUGAGAAGAGUUUGGACUGAAACUCUCUCUGUGCUGUCAGCGGGGGCCCUGUGUCUCUCUGUGAUUGUCCUUGUCCAGAGCCGGCUCAGCUAGCUAGCCGGCCAUAUUUACUCUCUGCAUGUGACCACAACAAACCCCCAUCUUGUGCACCAUUGUCGCGUUGACGACACCGGAGCGGGAAGACGAUGAUGAUGAUGAUGACUUUUUGUUGAUGGGGCUUGUGUUUGAGAUGCCUUCGACAAUCAUGUUCACAUAUCAGACCCACCAUGACGACACAGGCUGGAGAAACUGAUUCUGUUUGUUAUUCUGGAAUAAAACCUGAAUGACUGCA